UGAAACUCAUUUAUGCUAUUGCAAACGACAAGAAAAUCACUCGAAGUACGUAGUCAAAGUUAAACAAUACGACAUACAAGGAGAUAUUUGGAGAUAUUUUUCCAUUACAAACAGCAGUUGCAUACGAGACUUUUUCGUGAUGCUGGAAGUCACGAAUAUCUGGUGAAGGGAAUGGAGAAUACAAAAAAAAUUUUACAUAUGCAUAAACACAGUAGGAUCUGUCUUCAGUCUCUUCUAUGAAUCUCACAAUCAGUAAAUACAAGAGAUAGUAAAGUGAGAGCUUGGAAGGUUCACCAAACGCCGUGAUCUCCGGCUUUUCAAUCAUAGGCACGUUGAAUCCAUUCAUCGGGUGUGGACAAAUUGAGGAAAACUAUUUUACUUGAAUGACCUUACUGAAAUGGUGAGUAGUAACAGUGGUGGAGCCAUCUGGCUCUAUAUUACCGACUGAAUAGAAACAGGUAAGAAGAUAUCAUGGCUGCAAGCUGCUGACUCUUGAGCUUAGUAACAAUACAUUGAUAAAUAGCUUGAUGAACCUAAGUAAGAAAUGCAGAACCAACAAAGAAUACAACAUGUGGAUUCCGAUAAGCCAGAUGCUAGUCCGAAAUUUGUAAUCUCAGCUCUACCUCGACUGAGAAGAAAUAAAAGACUUGAAAAUAAAUGGGGACAGAAAUACUACACAACUCUAAAUGAGGCAGUAUUCAUGCAGCAAUCGAUUCCCUACAUGCCUGCAGAGCCUCCUGCGUCGCUACAGAAUGAAGCAGACGAUUGUCACCCAUUAUAUGUUUGUACACAAUGUAACGAUUGUUUUCGCUUUUCGAGCAGUUUUGAUGCCCACAGUUCCAGGCGGAGUUGGGUUUUGGGUUAUUGGUGUCAGAAUUGUUUUAUGACUGAUUGUUGCCACAUGAAGAGCGGUCAACAGCCAUGCUUCGAUUGCCAGACGGCAAAUCGUCAACGAAAGACAUUUUUAAGAGCAAAAGGUUUGGGCAAAGGGCGAAAAGUGGGUGCAAUCAAAAUUUUCUACAACCAAUGUCAGUUUUUCGCCCAUCUUAAGGCUCAUCAAACAAGCGUCGUUGACAUUGGUGAUAUUAUGCUGAUGCCAAUACCAACUGACAUUGAUGAACCACAAUAUACUGAACUGGAACGACUUUGCGAAAUAAUUAUGGAGCACAUGUUUGUCACACGGACGCAUAUCAUGGAUUGGUUACAGACAAACGAGCUUGGCAAUAAAUGGUGGAGACUAUUACAGUCGAAAUUGGAAAAUAACGACAAUUCAGUGGCUGAACUUCUCGGAAUUCAUGGUAAUAAGAAAGUUGGAAGACUCUUUGUUAAACGGCCUAAAAAAACUACUUGUGCACCCAAAUCAAUUUUCUCAUCUAUUUCUGAUACAAUUGAAUCCGUCAUUGCACAAUCAACUUGUAGCGAAACACCACCACCGACCGAAAGCGAAAAUUCAAGGAAUUCCCCCAUAUCACCAGUACUCAUUGACAAUGCUGAGCAACACGUAGAAAAUGACGACAGCCCUUGCACUACUACAGACAUUGCAUUUGUUGAUUGUGGCCCAUCAGCCAAAACUUAUCCACCGGACAUCGCAAUCUUACUCCCCCCGAAAGAUAAACUUACAAUAAUUCCAAAUGGAAGUACCAGUUGCAGUAAAGUUACUAAUUUGACGCCAGUCAGUACGAAUUCACAUCAGUCCGUCCAGGGACCUGAAAUCCCACUGAAAAUGAAGAAUUGUGACGCCAGCAAUAUCAUAUCCAGCAAGCUCGCAAGCUCCACUUCUGAAUUUAAUCAGCAAGUAUUUGAACCGAAGAUUUCUGUUAAAAAAUUUGCCCAAGAACGAUCACGAGACCCAUCUGUAAUUAUUUGCAGCAAGAAUUCUACAAUAUCAGUUCUUCCAAAGCCACAAAUACCGAAAAAACUGGUUCCUGCUUUAAACAUCAAACUACCUAUUGCUAAAACACCAUUAUCAGGUCGGGAAAUAACGAGAGCCAUCGAAUCGUCAAAGAAGGCGGUGGCACAAGCUUCCGUCUCGACUUCAGGAUCAAAAAUACUGACUGUGCACACUCCUAAAAAUGCCGAUCUCUCAGACAUUAUUGGGCAGCUACCACCUGAGGUAAUCAACGGUAAAAAAUUAGUCUUUAUUGGUCAAGGGGCAGCUAGCUUUACUAUGCUUCCCCAAAAUGAGCUAAUUUCUAGUCUGGGAAUGAUAAAAAUUUCGUCUGAAUUGGACAAGCAAAAAAUAAUUCAAUCAGUACCAGCAAUGUCAGUGUCAAGUACUUUGAACCAACAAAGUGUGCUUUCGACGUCGGAAUCCGUAAAAAAAAAUCUUCCGACAGAAAAGGCAAAACCUAAGCUCUCGCAAACAUAUGCUGACGGUCAAAUUGUUUAUAAAAAUGGGAAAAAAUUCGUCAUUCGACAUGCACGUAAAUCUAUUUCAGGACCCACGUAUCAUAAUUUAAAUAAUGUAAAGUUCCAGACGAUUCCCAAACAUGUCAGCCUUUCGGCAUUCUUGUCACAGUCGGAACACCCUUUAACUUCUUACAUACCAAUAGCACCCAAGUCAGACGAACAAUGCGUUCAAAAAGCUGCACCUCUUUCAAUACCAUUACCAUGCAAUUCUUCUGACUCCUCUUCAUCUUCUUCGCCACCUCGUAAUGCCUCUGCUCUCUUAUCCACUUCCGAAAAUUCGAAAGGUGUGAUAUAUGAGGCACAGGUCAAACAGAAGAAUAGUGACAUGACGAAAAGAGAAAAAUCUCCUGGUUCUCGAAAUUCGUUUGAACCACAGUCUUUAAUUUCCAUUCCUGUUGAUGUGCCGCAGGUGGAUGUUGUCAAUGACAUCCACACAGUUCAAUAUCUUUCAAUGGAAACCGAUACAAACGGCAAAAUAUACAUUGAUUUUUCUAAGAAAAUGACAAGACCAGUCAAGAUAAACGAAGGGCUUACACGGGGGCAAGGAGCUAUAAAUUACAGCACGCUACAAAGAAUCUUUAAAGAACAACUUCGUUACCAUGGUGAACAAAGAAUCAAACAACAAAUUCAACACUUGAUACAGGUGAAUUCGGAAUAUUCCAAAACUAUUGGCGACACAAAUGGUGUAAGCAUUUUGAAUAACCUUGUCGCUAUCGAAAGAUUAGAAAAUGCUUUAAAAGAAUGCAGUUUGCGGCCUGAAACAGGUCAGAGUUCAAAUGAUUACAUCAUUGAACUACUAGCGAAUUCGAAUUUUGAAGAACCAGAGGCACCAACUAUUUGCCCUACUUGUAAUAAACCGAAAAAGUCACACAGUAACUUUGUAGCAUUUUCAGAAUCGAUUUCGAGAAAUCCUGACAUAUGUCACUGUGAUAAUUACAUAUGUUAUAUUUGUAAUGUAUUUCAAGGAAACAUGUCUCGUUUUAUAGCACAUUUGAAUUAUCACGCUAAACAGAAACCAUAUCAAUGCCCAGAAUGUUUCAGAAAAUUCGCUACUUUCUCUCGAUUGAAGGCACACACAUGGACGGCUUGUUUUCAUGUAUUGGCAAAGAGAUGGUUCAAGUGUAAAGUAUGCCAAUUCGAAGGCUUUCUUGACAUGGAAUCAAUAGCAAAACACUAUAUACUUGCACAUAGCAAAUUGAAAAUUGCCUGUCCCGAGUGUGGGCUGCUCUUUGAUUCACAUGCCCUUUUCGUCGAGCACUGUAAAGCCGAUCAUCCAAAUGUACCUAAUCAUCUAAGACCAGUCAAUCUGGUAGAGUGUAACGUUGGAAAUUGCCUUGUUAGCCUUGAACAUUAUAGAUCACACUUGGAAGAUCACGACGGCAUAGUGAAAAUACUUUAUUACCAAUGUCCGUUUUGCCCUUUCCCAUUUAAAGACAGGCAGCGAGGUCGGGAGAUAAUUAAACGUCAUUUGCGUACAUGUCAUCGUACUCAACAUGAUCAAUUAUCUGACUUGGUAAGUUCGGAAUGCUUACUUGAUGCCAUGUUUCCAAGUGGGUCGACAAAGUUAAAGUCAAAUACCGAACAAAUACAUCAAGAUGAUCAAACCAUUGAAUUUGAUCAAUGUUCUAAUGCUUCAGAUGUAAUGCAAACAAACAUAGAUACUCUCAGCCAAGAUAGUAUAGGAAGUAAUUCAGAAGCAAAUAAUCAACCAUCGUCUGACUAUUUAAAUACCACUGUGACGAAACAGGAGUUAAAAAAUGGCGUAAAGUGUAGUAUCUGGUCUAUAAACUUGGCCCAUCCGCAAUUGGAGACCAUCGAUAAUCGUAAUAAUGUAAUUAGCGAAUACAGCUCGUCACCAAAAAUAUUUGAUGUGAGAUCAGUUACACCAGAUUCAUAUGCAGAGCUAGGAGAAGCGACAAAGGAGAAAAGAGAUAUAAACACGGAUGAAAAAGAUACUAACCCUGGACCAAUUUCAGACCUGUGCAUGUCUGAGGAAGUGUCUGAAAAUGUUAUUGUAACGGAGGAUGUGGACAGAUCUGAACAGUCAUCAAAUGUUGAAGUUGUGUCAAAUCAUGCUCUUCCUAAGAUCGUUGAACACCAAAUUUUGCCAUCAAAGUUGCCCCAGUUGAUACUCAUUAAGGAAACAGGAACGAACGUGAAUAUGACAAAAAUGAACCAAUCGACUGUGGCAGCUUUAAAUGCAAUUGUGAAAUUAUCGGAUCAAAACAGAUCAAGUCAGAGCCUAGUGACAGGAGAAACUGCACUUAAGUUGACAGAACUGGAAACAGAACCUACUGAUGAAAAGACUGAUGCCCGACAGAAAAAUAAGUCCACUGUGCCAGUUAUUAAAAUCUGUAAUACAAUUGUGUGUACAUCUGGAGCUGAACAAUUGAAGAGGCCAACACAAGGGAAACAAACUAUGGCUGUUAAAACACGCAACCUACCUGUAUCGGUUCUGAAAUCCAAGAGUGCUGAUAUUAGAAUAGUAGAGAAUGUUACUGAUCGUGAGACGAACAAUCAAUUAUCCAAUUCCGGCACUGAAGGUAAUGAUGUAUCACAGAUUAUCAAUUGCACCUCAGGCACUGGCAAAGAGGGAACCAAAAGUAUCUCGUUCUUUCAUGAUGUUCCAAAAUUGCCACCGUUAGCAAGAAUCCCUCAACAUUUGUUAGUCACAUCUCAGCAGAAUGUAGAAGUUACCAUGGAGAAUCCUCAGUGUACAAAGGAUGCAGCAGGCAAAUUUCCGACAAAAUUGAAACAAAAGAGAAGGCAACUUUGGCGGAUAGCUCUUAACGCUCCAACCGAUACAUCAGAAUUGGUUAUUUACUGCUGUCACUUGUGUGGAGAAUUAAUAAAUACAUCGUGGUCAGUAAUUGCAAGUCAUUUUAACUCUAGGCACUCCGAGGAUUAUAAAUUAGCUAUAGUUACACCCAGACUUUUGAGAAUGUCCGAUGAUUUUAUUUCUAAGGGUUACAAGGAACUCCUUGGACCCCGAAAACGUAAGACAGAUGCAAACAGUCCCACUUCUAAAAGAAGAAGACGAUGGAAUCCUAGAAAACAUAUUGAAAAAGACUUGUUAGACUUGGGGUUAUGCAUAGAACAAGAGUCUGUGCAAGAUGGAGAAGGAAAUUUUGUAUGCAAAAAGUGCGACCAGCGAUGCAAUGAUAUUUCAUCUUUGCGGAAACAUAUUGGUACUAAUCAUCGAAUCAAGGACCAUUAUCUAGUGUGUUUGGAAUGUGGAGAAAAUUUUGUCGUUGAACCAAGCUUACAGAUGCAUCUGAAAGCGUUUCAUCGCAUACAGGAUCCCACCACUUACUUAGCUCAAAACACAGCAUAUGCUAAGGAAGUAACAGAGGCGAUAGAAAGUGAACCAAACACUGGAACUGCCAAUCAAUGCCAUGUAUGUAUGGCUGUAUUUGAGGACAAACCAGCCGUUGACAAACAUUUGAGGGUCCAUGGUAUGGCAUUUCUUAAUCGUAAACGGAUUGAGGCUCGGAUUGCGGCACGAAACCCUGAAAAAAAGUUCAAAAUGGAAAAUCCUGACGAUGUCUCAGCGGUUAAUGUCUCAAAAGGUGAGACAUUGGAAAAUCACAAGCCUAGUGCAACAGAAUCUGUUGAUGAAACAGUACACCAGUUAUCAAAAAGCGAUACUGAAGAGAAAACGGGCAAAAAGGCUCUGUCGUAAUACAGUGACAUUCAAGCAGGAAACUUGUAUGGUAGGAGGUGCUCAUCAAAAUGAGAUAAGACGAGUUAAAGACUGUCAAAACACAUUGCGGUGAAAAAUGACGUGUCACCCAUUGAAACAGAGGAAAUAGAUGGAGUUUAUAUUUUACAGUGAACAUAUACUUCAUGUUAUUGAUAUUGAGUUUUUUUUUACAAAUACUACCUGCUAUGUAUUUUGAUUUUUAUGUUCGUAUUCCGAGAUGUUCGUCAGUAAAAAUACUGGCAUUUUAAAACAGCCAUAAUUGUUUCUUGGAUAUUAUUUGAAAGUUGUAUAUUUAGCACGAAGAAUUUUUGUCUGCAAAAAAUUGCAUUGACGUUUGUAUGCCGCAAAGCAAGGCAAUAAUUUUCAAAUGUGAUAGCAAUUUCCAUUUUUCAAAGGUUCACCCAAAAUAAUGUAGUAUGUUAAGUGGCGAAUAGGUUAUUGAAUAAAAUAUACCUUACGGACAUUAUGCUCGAAAAAAGCAUAUUCAGCGGAAAUUCACGAGUGAAGAAAAGAGGAAAUCGGACGUUGUGUGAGAGUAUUCAUAUCGGUAUAAUUGUAUCUAUACAUUACCGAAUAUCUGAAAUUCUAAGAGUUUUUCAGUGUAAUAUAAACAUAGUCAUAGAGAUAAAACAUGUUAUUUGCGUACCUUGACCUUGUUUGAGAUGAGCGGGAAUAAAGAUCGUUAAUUUUCAUAAA